AUGCCCAAAAAACAUUCACUUGGUGACAUAUCAAAACAAUUUAUCAAAUCAUCUGAUGGGAUUGACGUAUUUAAAAUAUUUAAAACAAUCGAUUUUGACACUGAAAAAUUGGUAGAUGAUGAAGAAGUUGUGAAAUCAUUCAGUUUCAUCGCCAAAUUUUUAAACUCUACCGUAGAGGAUAAACAAAAAGUUGUAGAAGACGUUGAUAUUUUUAUUCUGAAGCACUAUCUCACACAUUUUGAGAAUAAAAUACCACCCAACGCCUGUAAUUCAUUUUUUAAACCAUUAGAACAACAAGCUACAACAUGUAAGGCUAGAGAUAUACUUUAUUUACUAAAUUUGGAUACUGACAUAUAA